AAAUAAAAACGGGCCGGGUUUGAUUGGUUUUUCAUUAUUUGGUUCUGACAACAAAAUCAGUUUUCCGUUUUUUGUUUUGAAUCAAAUAACAGAUUUACUGUUUUUUGGUUUUUGAAUUACAAAUGAUUAAUUUUAUUAUCCAACCACUGACCUUAGCCUGGAUUAAUAGAAGGGCAUUAUAUGAAUACAAUGGUGUCAUGGUGGGCCAACCUAAUUCUUUCCAAAUAGAGCUAUUCAAGUCAUCUGGUGAAAAUUCUUGUAUUUUUUAAUAUCGCAAUAUAUAUUGCAAAAAAAAUUAUAAAAAUCUCAAUGUCAGUUUUUUCCAAUAUCGUGCAGCCCUAGUUGACAAUACAUUUUCCUCCGUGUGCAUUGACUGAUGACUGUGAUUGAAAUCAGAAGAAAGUGUUAAAAUUUAUUUAUUUUCUCCUGGUCCUUAUUUUAAAUACAUGUAGGUUAUUGAAGAAUUAUCGAUAAUUAUCGUUAUCGAUCAGUAUGAACCAGCUAUAUUGUGAUAUACUUUUCAGCCAUAUCGCCCAUCUCUAGCUCUGAGUUGCUCUGCAGUGUAAACAGUUGUUGUCACAGCAGGAACAGAAACUUUCUCCUCCACUGACUCAGACUUUCACCAUCUGAAGGGACGUGCAUGCUCAUCUGCAUCUGUAGAGCAGCCAGUAGGAACAAGGCCUCUCUAAAAUGUCCUGUGAUUGGACAAAGUGUCCUGAAGACAGGAGGACAAGUGGACAUCCAGUCGUCUCUAUAAUCAGAGGUUAUUUUGGCCCCGUCCAUCUCAGAGUUACCUCCUCCGUGUCCUCACGUUUGAAUAAGAAUCAUCACGUUGACACAGAACUGCUGUGUUUCUGCGUUCAUGUGGAACUCACAUUUACGACACAGGAAGUCAUGAACUUGAGUCUCUCAGUACAUUUGUAGUUUUGAGGACAUGAACGUGACUUCAGGGGGACUCGUAGGGUCACUUCCUGUGAACGCAGCCUGUAUAUGAAGGAGUGGAGGUUUCUGUCAGCUGGAAGUGUCAUCAUUGUUUAGCCAAUCGGCAUGCAGACGUUCAUCUAUUGGUCCAAUCAGAGCAGCUCGUGUGUCCCACACAGGAACACAGUUAGAAACAUGUGAGAGUGUGAAGACCCUGCAGUGGUCAGAGAACAAAGAACAUGUACUUUAAUCUGACCUGUGGAACAGCAGAACGUCUCCAACACUGAAAUACUGAGAGUACAGAGUACUGAGAGUAGCAGUAAAUGUACAGACUGAAGGUGAUUGUUGUUUCAACAGUUGAGAUCUUGCAGAACCUGAACUGAGCAUGCAUGCACACACACACACACACACACACACACACACACACACGCGCACACACACACACACACACACACACACACACACACACACACACACGUUAAUCCAGGUUGUGCAACAGGCAGCAGACUGAGGCAACAACAAGCAGUAGCAGCGUGGUGACUCAGAGGAAACAGGAAACACAGAAGAAGAAAACCAGUUUCAGACGAGAGACACAGACUGUAGCAGGGGACAGACAGACAGGAAGUGUAGUGAGACGGGGUCGUUACUCUGCGUUUGACUGGACCUGAGCAGACAGACUGUGUUUGUUUUCAUACGUUAUGGGGACAUGAAGCAGGUACCACACUGUGAGGACUCAUCUCCUGUUUGGGGACAACAGCAGGUAGAGUGUCAGAGUGUACACCUGUGUCAGCGUCAUGGUACUAAUAAAGUUUUGUCUAUUUGAACACUCCAGUUUUUAACCCUUUAAAACCUUGUGACGUCCUGCCGACGGCCGCAGACCUGUGUUUACAUCAUUCUGUUUAUACGUACAUAUAAAUAAGAACAGUGACAGACACAGCGUAAACACUCCUGUCCUCUGUGUCGUCGUGUCAUUACCUUGUGUUACCGUACCUGAUGGCGGUGAAAACAUCUGCCCUGUGAUGGUCGCUGCUCUCAUGAUUCUGUUUGAACUGAUGUGAAAUUAAAACUGUGGUAGAACAUUCAUUCUUUCAUCAGCAGGAAGUUCAGGCUUCUUCUUCACCACCAACAUGUUGUACACUCAUAAUGACAUUAUCAUGCCACAUUACAUGAGGUGUAAAACCCACAUGAAACACACAUGUGACGUCAUGCCAGAAGAACCAGGAACACUUUUUCACUGCUGAAAAACUAUAUAAUGUACAGGCAGCACAGUUGUGCAGUGGUUAGCACCGUCACCUCACGGGUUUGAACCCCAGGGUGAGCGAGCCCUUCUGUGUGGAGUCUGCAUGUUCUCCCCGUGUCAGCGUGGGUUUCCUCCAGGUGCUCUGACAUGUUCUCCCUGUGUCAGUGUGGGUUUCCUCCAGGUGCUCUGACAUGUUCUCCCUGUGUCAGCGUGGGUUUCCUCCAGGUGCUCCGACAUGUUCUUCCCAUGUCAGUGUGGGUUUCCUCCAGGUGCUCUGACAUGUUCUCCCCGUGUCAGUGUGGGUUUCCUCCAGGUGCUGCGACAUGUUCUCCCUGUGUCAGCGUGGGUUUCCUCCAAGUGCUCCCACAUGUUCUCCCCGUGUCAGCGUGGGUUUCCUCCAAGUGCUCCCACAUGUUCUCCCCGUGUCAGCGUGGGUUUCCUCCAGGUGCUCUGACAUGUUCUUCCCAUGUCAGUGUGGGUUUCCUCCAGGUGCUGCGACAUGUUCUUCCCAUGUCAGUGUGGGUUUCCUCCAGGUGCUGCGACAUGUUCUUCCUGUGUCAGUGUGGGUUUCCUCCAGGUGCUCUGACAUGUUCUUCCCGUGUCAGCAUGGGUUUCCUCCAGGUGCUGCGACAUGUUCUUCCCAUGUCAGUGUGGGUUUCCUCCAGGUGCUCUGACAUGUUCUCCCUGUGUCAGUGUGGGUUUCCUCCAGGUGAUCCGACAUGUUCUCCCUGUCUCAGCGUGGGUGCUCUGACAUGUUCUGAUGGCGGUGAAAACAUCUGCCCUGUGAUGGUCGCUGCUCUCAUGAUUCUGUUUGAACUGAUGUGA